UUUUUUUUUUUUUGACGUUCAAUUUUAAUAUUUUUUGCUCCAGUGAGACUAUUAAAAAGUAACACAGUGUCAUCAUUGCUUCGCAGCCUAGCACAGCGUAUUGCAUCGCGCUUUAAUCAUUCCACAUCUCUCUGCAUCUAAAUUGCAGCAUAUCGUCAGAACUCUGAUCUAUUUGGAAAACUAAACUACCGCCUCAUCGUUUGUUCCCACCCUUGACUUCACAAGCAAGCCUUAAUUAGUUCAUCCACGAGGCAUUUUACUUUUUCCCCCUCUUCUUUCUCUGCUCCUCUAUUUAUUUCACUUUCUUCACUUUCUUCACUUAUUCUCGACCAUGACUGAUUUCGCUCAGGAACGUUCAGGUAUGCGCUCCCGUGGCCCAUCUCUGCCAAAGCUGAACUUUCCAUCAGCUUCGCAAUUUUUGCAGCAGCAGCACUAUUCGGCACCUCAGCAUCCUUUUGACACUACGCAGGCCUCUGAUGCUGGUAUUGAUAUUGAUUUCGACAUGGACAUGGACUUUGAUACCACGCCCGUGCCGGACGAUAAGAACGACACUUCGUCUUCACGGCCUUUUGUGAGCGCUCAUCCUUCACCGGAUGUUAGUGAUGAAAGUGACUGUGAGCGUACUUUAGGAAGGGUGAAUGAGUCUACUGCUGUUGCAUCCUCAGCAGAUCUAUUCGACUCUUGUAGCUCCGUUCCAUCCUCGGCCAAACAGCUUGCACGCGAUCAUGCAAGGCGGCGGCAGAGUCAAAUCGAGAGUCAGAUCGAGCCUCCACUCUCGCAUGAUAUCUUCUUGGCACCCGUUCCUAUCCCAUCAUCCUCGCGUACGCCUCCGCACAGUCCAUUCUCCUAUGGAAAGCAUUCGUCCUUUUCAAUGAACACGCCCCCUGGUUCCGCUUCCUCGGUCAUGCCCACCCCUUGUUCUGACUCGGCCGCUGUAGAUGCGCUCAUUCGCGAGCAUGUCCACGCCAACAUGCUUACACAUACAACCGACGAUGCGUUCUUCUGGCACCUUGGCAAGCUUAGCGAAUUCUCGUUUUCUGAUCGAUUCGUGCGCUCAAGAGUGUUUGAGAUCAAAGAGAGUGCUGUUGCGCCAGUCGUUACAUCACCACCUGGGUCCGUUGACGCAGUGUCAACUCCUGAAUCUGCUAAUCAACCACGCACCAGUAGCUGGCGUCUUCGAAUCUACCCGCACGGUCGAGGUGAUCGCCAUCGUGACAGCGAUUACGUUGGCCUCUAUCUCCACCAGGAAGCUGUUCGUGCUAUAAACAGACGUGAAUCUGCCGUCAUCACCCAAGCUCCUAUUGCAAACUUUAGCAGCUCCGCCCCUACACCAUUCUUCGCGCGUGGAUCCAUCUCUUCGACUCCUCGCAGAUCUAUCUCGGGAGCAUCAAUAUUGCCCCCAGUUCGCCGGCAUGUUACUUUGUUCAUUGCCACUGAGAAAGGUGACUGUUUGGCCAAGCAGGACUUGGUUGAAUGGUUCUCAGGAAGCGAGGGUGGUCUCGGCUUCCCCAGGAUUGUUUCUCGAAAGACUGUGCAGGAUGCUGUUAAAACAUCAUCGAUAAUUGACGAUGAGGAAGACGAGCGCGAGCUAGGUAUUGUUGCCGGUGUCCUGUUCCAUUCUCUUUAAACGUAGUUGGACGGUUCAAUUGUAGUAAAAAAGUCUUUGUACUAUAUAGUGUUUCCUUGUUAAAUAAAAUUGUACACCUCUG